CUCGGCAACGGCGGCGGCGCGCGGGGCCGGCCGGCGCCUCCCGGGCCCAGGUGAUCCCUGUGAUUUCCAGCCAGAGCCAUGGGAUUGUUUGACAAGCUGGCAGGAUGGCUUGGGCUGAAGAAAAAGGAGGUUCACGUCUUGUGCCUUGGCUUGGACAACAGCGGCAAAACAACGAUCAUCAAUAAACUUAAACCUUCAAAUGCUCAAACUCAGGACAUCGUUCCAACAAUAGGAUUCAGUAUAGAGAAAUUCAAAACUUCAAGUUUGUCUUUCACAGUGUUUGAUAUGUCAGGUCAAGGGAAAUACAGAGACCUCUGGGAACAUUACUACAAAGAAGGCCAAGCCAUUAUUUUUGUCAUUGAUAGCAGUGACAAAUUAAGAAUGGUUGUGGCCAAGGAAGAACUUGACACCCUUCUGAAUCAUCCAGAUAUUAAGCACCGUCGACUGCCUAUUCUCUUCUUUGCUAACAAGAUGGACCUCAGGGAUGCAGUGUCAUCUGUGAAAGUGUCUCAGUUGCUGUCCUUAGAAAACAUCAAAGACAAGCCCUGGCAUAUCUGUGCCAGUGAUGCUCUUAAAGGAGAAGGAUUACAAGAAGGUGUGGAUUGGCUCCAAGGUCAGAUGCAAGCAAUGAAGACAUGAGAGAUAAAUAAAGGAUCUAUGGGGCUCUUUUGUACCCUUUGUCAGUAGGUGAACAAGUUCCUUGGAAAGGAAGAAUGAUUUUAAGAAGAUGAACAGUUCAGCUAAAAUAUCCUGUAUUGACUUGUUUCAUUUUAGUAUCUCUUCCAUGAAAACUGAAUGUAGAGAACCUAGCACCUCAGGUAUGCACAUUAAUGAAUUAAAUCUUGUGACUGGAAAGCGUAUACAAAAAUAAAAAAAAAAAUUGUGUUAACAAUAAACAUCUUUGUUCAUUUGAGGUUUAGGUGAUUACUGGACAUCAGGAAAUUCCUCUCUGUUUUUUGGGGGGACUCCUUUUGAGCAAAUGGGAAUAUUUAUUUUCCAGAGAAAGAAUAAUCAACACUUCCUGAAAUCCAGCUACAUAAGAUACCUACUGAUUUUAGGUGCCCAGUCUUAGGCAUUAGUGCCAUUUUUUUAUAUUAAAGUUUGACAUUGGGUUUUUAUUAUCCAUCUUUAAUAGACUUCUAUAAGAAUAUUUUGAUUAAAGAUACAAGGAUUCAGUUGUUCAGUGUAUUUGGUACAGAUGAUUGCAGAUGUUUAUAAGAAAUUGCUUUUAAUGAAAUGUUAUGAUUUGUUUUUGUGAUUAUGCCAUGGUUAUAUUUGCAUUCCCAUAAAUAAAACUUAAAAUAUACUACAUGCCCUGAUUGGGUUUUUUAACUUUAAUAUGUUCAUUAAUAGUCUUCACAUCCUAAAGAUUUUUUGUUUUCUAUUAGUUUCAUUUGGAAUUUGUUUAUCCAUAUUCAAGUGGAUAUAGCACUGUAUAUGUAAUAAAAUGGUAUCUCUGUUG